AUGUCAGAGUGUAAACCCUUGGCUACUCCCGCUGCUGUCACACAGUCUGCCACACCGUCAACGGAUGAGUUUGAAAAUCCCACGCAGUACCGUCGACUAGUAGGGGCCCUGCAGUACCUGACUAUCACCCGACCAGACCUGUCGUAUGCGGUCAACAGGCUGUGUCAGUUCAUGCACAUGCCAACGGAUGAACACUGGGGUUUGCUUAAGAGGGUACUACGCUAUGUCAAGGGGACACAAGGUUAUGGCCUAUGCAUCACACCGUCAUCUAGCACCGACAUACAUGCUUAUUCAGAUUCAGACUGGGCUGAGUGUCCGAUCGACAGGAAGUCUACUAGUGGCUAUGCGGUCUAUCUUGGCACCAAUUUGGUGUCCUGGCUAUCACGGAAGCAGCGCACGGUGGCACGAUCAUCGAUAGAGGCAGAGUACAAGGGCCUAGCAGAUGUUUCGGCAGAGGUUACCUGGAUUGUAUCUCUUCUCCGGGAACUUGGGUUGCAUUCCGGGAAGUCGGCUACUCUAUGGUGUGAUAACCUUGGCGCGACUUAUCUGGCAGCCAACCCGGUUUUCCACGCAAGGACAAAGCACGUGGAAAUCGACUAUCACUUUGUUCGGGACAAGGUAGCUUCCGGAGAUUUUGUUGUCAGUUUUGUGUGUACGAAAGAUCAGAUAGCAGACGUCUUCACCAAACCUUUACCUGCUCCACGGUUCCAGGCUCUUCGGGACAAGCUCAAUGUCGUUUCACAACCCCCUUGA